CUUUUAAUUUCAUCUUUUUUUUUUUUUUUUUUUUUUUUUUGUCAUAUUCCGCCUGGUCCUUGCUGAAGGUGACCUGAAGCUCCCUAACUAGCAACUAACAUCAAAAACAAACCUAUAGAUAAUCAAUUAACGGCGUAUUCCUCAAUUGAAAGGCCAAGUGCCUGCUCUGUACAGACUGCCAACCCUAGCAUUUGUUCGAGGACGGUAACAGUCGAAGCGACACCACAGCCACCAUGGGUUCGACUGAAUUGCCAGCUAUGAAGACGAAGCCGAAGGUCAUCUUCUUCACGGACUUCGAUGGCACCAUCACUCUCAAAGAUAGCAAUGAUUACAUGACCGAUAACCUGGGUUAUGGACUGGAAAAGCGCCGUCAGGGCAAUAUCGACGUCCUCGAAGAUAAAAUCACGUUUCGAGACUCCUUCCGCGAGAUGCUUGACAGCGUCAAGACCCCCUUCAACGAAUGCAUCCGCAUCCUCCUCGAAAACAUGGAGCUCGACCCGCACUUCACCGAGUUCUACAACUGGGCGCGGGACAACAAUGUUCCCAUUGUCAUCCUGUCCUCCGGCAUGGUGCCCGUCAUCCACGCUCUGCUCGUCAAGCUCCUCGGCCAUGAGCCGGAUAAUAUCCAGAUUGUUGCCAACCAGGUUGCGAGCAGGGAUGGGAAGGAUAUCAAUUCUGAGGGCGGCUGGCAGAUUGUUUAUCAUGAUGAUAGCCACUUCGGCCACGACAAAUCCAUCGAAAUCAAACCAUACGCGGCCCUACCCGCAGGCGAACGGCCCACACUCCUCUACGCCGGUGAUGGCGUUUCGGACCUAUCAGCAGCGUCCCAGACGGACCUGCUCUUCGCGAAGAAGGGGAAAGACCUAGUAACAUACUGCCAACGCGAGAAAAUCCCCUACACACUCUUUGAGGACUGGUCCACUAUCCUGCAGACGACCAGGGAUAUUUAUGAGGGGAAGACGGACCCGAAGUCAGUUGCGGCGGCGGGUGUGUGAGUAGCGAAAUGGGAGGAGGAGUUAUGCGGUGUAUGGUAUCGUAUAUACUACAGUAGAUAUUCAUAAAGAGAUAGGUAAAGAGAAAGAGAGUGGAGAGGGGAUCGGCAAAAUCUGCGAUAUCUGUCUUCUGGUACUGGUAUAGAAUUAGAUACCAAGUUUUAGAGUAGAGGGUCCCCUUGUGUUUUCGCUCAUCUUCACAUUUUUGAAAGACUGGAAAUAGAUAUACAAUACAAAUCUCUGGGUGAGAUUAUAUGACUCUAUUCAUAUGAAUAAAUGAAUAGAAUGUUGUGCUAUAUGACUUUCUAUUUUCUCUACUUAUUGUAUAUAGCAUCAAUUCAUGAAAAUAUGUUAACAUAUAAAUAUGAAA